AUGCGCAAGAGUAUAUGCCUUGUUAUUCUCGUCAAUUUUAUUAUUCUGGCUUUUGAAACGAGUGGUGCACAGAAACAUUUUGUGCCUCGACCAGAAAGAGUUCAUUUGGGUCAUUUAGCAUAUCCACGUCGAUGGGGACGUUGGUGUUCUGAAGAUAGUGAAUGUGGCCUUGGCUUUUGUCAAGCAUACAUAUGUCGAUGUUAUUAUGGUUAUAUUACAUGGCAUUUUAUGGAAACUUGUGCUUAUCAACAGCGAACAAAAUUAACAGCUUUUCUUGUUUCAUUUUUUGUUGGCACACUUGGUGUUGAUUGGUUUGUGUUAUCAAGAGGUAAUGCUGGAUAUAUUGUAGCUGGCAUUAUUAAAUUACUUAUUUCAUUGGGAUGUUUUAUUGGAUGGCCACUUCUUUUUGUUAGUAGAUCGAAAAAGUCACGUAAAUAUAUUGCCAUUAGUAGUUUUAUCAAUGCUGUUCUUACUACAGCGUCUGUUGUAUGGUGGUUAACGGAUUGGAUUCGUAUUCUAGCUGAUGCAUUUUAUGAUGGUAACGGAGCACCUUUACAAAGAUGGGGUUAUGAUUAUUAUAACAGAAUCCCAUAUCGCGUGUAA